AUGGAGUCCGAGGAGAAGCCGCUGGAGGAUGUGAUUAAAGCGAACGGGGACGGUGCUGCUGAGGAGUGUGGCAAGCAGGGUGACAAUGACGAGAGUAUCCGAACGGGGGAAGUUAGAGCAACGGAGGGUAAGGUUGAAGCGGAGAAACAAGGAGAACGAAAAGAAACGGGGGAAGGCGAGAAGGAGGUUGGAGAAGGCGAGAAGGGGACGGAAGAUUCGGAAGGGAAGGUCUUACCUGGGGGAGGCUCCAACUUGCAAGAGGAUGGGCCAGUAAAAGCGGAAGUUGAAACGGAGAAGCGAUUGGAUGGUACUGCGACUGCAAUAGAGGUGGAUACUGAAACGAGGGUAACUGAAGCGGUGAUGACUGAAGCGAAGGUGACUGAAGGAAGAACUGAAGGGGGGGUGACUGAAGCGGAGGGUAUAGAGAGGGAACAGGGUUUGGAGUCAGGAGGGGCAGGGGAGGGCGAGAAAUCAACGAGAGAGAAAAAUAGGGGCCAAGAAGGUGUUGGGGAAGCAGAUGGGGCGGAAGAAGUGGAUGUGGGGGGAGAGGGGUUUGUCGAUGGGGAGGCGGAAGGGAAGUUUGACAAGGAGAGGGGAGGAGGUAAGGAGAUGGGGGGAGAUGAGGACAGGAAAGGGAAUGGGGACAUGAAAGGUGAGGAGAAGGAUGGGAAGAAGGGUGAGGGGAGGGAUGAAGGGAAGGGUGAGGGAAAGGGUGAAGGUUGCAGUGACACUGGCGAGCAGGGUGAUAACAAGGGUCCGAAGGACGCCGUAGACGUGACUUUGGCGAAUGGAUCAGCCGAGGAUGGAAAGGAGAGAGGGGUGAAGGGUGAAGGGGAGAAAGGGAGUUGUGAUACGGCCAAGGGUACGGAGGGGGAAGGAGCAGGAAGGCAGGUGGAACCUCUGGAGAAGGGGGGUGUGGGAGAAGAGAAGCAGGAGCAGGGGGGAGGGAAGUUGGAGGAGGAUGAGGAGGGAGGGAGAAAAGGGGAGGAGGAGAGAGGAAGGGGGGGGAGUGAGGGGGAGGGUAUUAAGGAGCAGGAGAGAACAAACUCAGAGUUGGAAGGAGUAGAGGGAGGAAAGAAAGUGGAAGGAGAAGGAAAUCUUACUGCUACAGAAGCUGCUGCUGCUACAGACAUGAACACUGCAGACGGCUCUGCUGACCGUGGCCCUCCUGGUGCACUCCCAUUGCCAGCAGAGCAGGGACAGCAGGGGAUGGAGGCACAGCCGCCCGUGGCAGCGGAGCAGCAGCUGAUGGACCUCCGCCUGCUGGCGCUGCAGAACGCUGUGCUGCCCGCGCAUGGGGAGGGGGAGGGCGCUGAGGAGGAGACGACUCAGAAUGCAGCACUGCCAACCGGACCAGAGGCACCAGCGGAGGAGCAGCAGGUGCUGCAGGAACAGCGGCAUGAGGGGAUGGAGACAGAGCUCCCAGCAGCAGCAGAGCAGCAGCAGCAGCACGAGGUGAUGGACAUGCGUCUCUUAGCGAUGCAGAACGUGGUGCUGGUGCAGGCAGCGAACGAGGAGGAGGAGAUCGACGUGCUAGAGGUGGACGAGGAGGAGGAGGAGCAGCUCAAGAAGCAGAUGGGCGUGGGGGAGGGCGGCCCUGUUGAGUACAUGGUGCUGGGGGGAGCGGGAGAAGGCCCGGAAGGGGGAGUUGGGGGGGUGAUUGGGGGAGGAGGUGAAGCGGGGGUGAUGGGGGAUGGGGUUGUGGGAGAGGGGCAGGAUGGUGCUACUGCUGGAGUUGCUGCUGGGGUUGCAGGUGGGUUGGUGUCGGAACACCCGCCUGAUGCUGCUGCAGGUGGAAUCUCAGGUGCGGUGAUGGGCGGUGUCGCAGGUGUGGAGUCAGGUGGGGUGGCACUUCCGGUGGUUCCAGGUGGUGGUGGUGAAAGUGUUGCGGAUGUAGCUGGAUCAGCAGGUGUGGGAUUAGCAGCUCUACAGGGAGUCACUCGCCGCACGCGCCAUCGCACCACACGCCCCGCCUCCCGCCUGCCCUUCAUGGCCCUGGAUGGCCAAUCCGCCGUGCUCUCCCCCCACCACGCCGCCCUCAAGGACGGGGUGCUUGGCAUAGGAAGACGAGGUAUGGCUGGGGAAAGUAUGGCUGGGGGAGGUACGGCUGGGGGAGGUACGGCUGGGGGAGGUAUGGCUGGGGGAGGCUCGGUACCCGAAGCACCACUGGAAGCUUCGCCUCACAACGGGCCCACCUUAGGACCAGGCGAGGGCUCUGGAGCAGCGGAGGCAGGGGAAGGCGCGGGGGCGGGGGGAGCAGGGGGGGCCGGGGAGGCAGGGGCGGCAGGGGGAGCAGGGGAGGGUGGUGCGCCGGCCCCUGCUUCUGCGCCUGUGCUGCAGGCAUACCACCGGCGACGACAGGAGCAACCACUGAUCCGCUUUUCCAUAAAGAGCCUGUCAAUGCCAGAGCUCUCAGUGUGCCUGCCCGAGACAGCAUCUGUUGGUGCGCUCAAGCAAGCGGUGGUUGAGGCAGCGCUAGCAUCCUUCGGAAACGGCCUCCGCCUGCGCAUGGUGUUACAGGGUAACCGCUGCACACACGACCAGGCGUCGCUUGCGGACGGAGAGGGAGAGGGAGAGGCCGCGGGGGGGGAGGAGGAGGAGGAGGAGGAGGAGGAGGGGGGGGGGGCGUUGACAUACCCAGGGAGAGCAGGAGGGGAGAGUGGGGCGUUGGUUUUGCAUCCGCACCAGCAGCACUUGCAGAGAGGGGCCGUGGGGGCGGGGGGGGCCAUGAUGGUGCAUCCGAGAGCUAGGGGAGCAGCGGGGCUACAGCUGAUAGAACAGAGGAGGAGGAUCAGGCGGCCAUUCACUGUGGGCGAGGUGGCCUCGCUGGUGGAUGCUGUAGAAGUGUUGGGCACUGGCAGGGCUGCAGCUAAUAGAGUAGAGGAGGAGGAUCAGACGGCCGUUCACAGUGGGGGAGGUGGAAUCCCUGGUCGAUGCUGUAGAAGUGCUGGGCACUGGCAGGCGGGUGGGGGGGUUGGGGGAGGGAAGCCACUGGGGGAGGGUGGGGUAGGUGUCAUUGAGUGGAGGGAUGUGAAGCUGAGGGCAUUUGCGACAUCAAAGCACCGCACCUACGUGGAUCUCAAGAUCGCGCCACAUCAGCGCAGGGGGGAGCCGGUGCCACAGGAGCUGUUGGAUCGAGUGGUGCAGGCGCAUAGCUACUGGCAAGAGCAGCUAAGAAUUCAACGUGAGGAACGAGACUCCUAA